AUGGAUCCGAUGGAUAUAGUUGGAAAAUCCAAGGAAGAUGCUUCGCUUCCAAAAGCUACAAUGACUAAGAUUAUAAAAGAGAUGUUACCAGCAGAUGUUCGUGUUGCUAGAGAUGCUCAAGAUCUUCUCAUCGAGUGUUGUGUUGAGUUUAUAAAUUUGAUAUCAUCAGAGUCUAAUGAAGUAUGUAACAAAGAAGAUAAACGAACAAUCGCACCUGAGCAUGUACUCAAAGCACUUCAGGUUCUUGGCUUUGGCGAAUACGUUGAAGAAGUCUACACUGCUUAUGAGCAACAUAAAUACGAAACCAUGCAAGAUUCACAGAGGAGUGUGAAGAUGAACAGUGGAGCGGAGAUGACGGAGGAGGAAGCAGCAGCUGAACAACAGAGAAUGUUUGCUGAAGCUCGAGCUAGAAUGAAUGGUGGUGGUGGUGUUUCUGUUCCUCAACCAGAUCAAGAGCAACUAGAUACUCAACAGUCAAAUCUACAAAGCUAA